GGGAGCUUCCGCCUCGGCUGCAAGCGAGCUGUCACCGCGGGAGGAUGAACAACCAGAGAUGUAGCUCUGCAUUCCUGAAACUGAAAGGACGGAGGGGGAUCAUACACUGUAUCUAUGUGGUGGGCUUCAUGGACUUGUUUGGGGUGAGCAUGAUCAUCCCGCUCCUGAGCCACCAUGUAAAGGCUCUUGGAGCAAGUCCCACAGUGGCUGGAAUUGUGGGAUCUACGUAUGGGAUAUUGCAGCUUUUCUCCAGCACGAUUAUAGGCAGCUGGAGUGAUGUGGUGGGGCGGCGCUACUCUCUGCUGACUUCAAUCCUGCUGAGUGCCUUUGGUUAUGGCCUCCUGGGGAUUUCUACAAGCAUCACUUUGUUUGUCCUCGCACGAAUACCUGUGGGGCUAUUCAAGCACACCUUGUCCAUCUGCAGAGCCUUGCUGUCAGACCUGGUGUCUGAAUCAGAGCGCCCUCUUGUGAUGGGACACUUCAAUGCAGCCUCCAGUGUCGGCUUCAUCCUAGGUCCUGUAGUAGGCGGCUACCUCAAUGAGCACGAAGGAGGCUUUUACACCUCCUCAUUUACAUGUGCAGCCAUCUUUCUUAUCAAUGCUGGCCUGGUGUGGAUGCUGCCAUGGAACGAGAAAAUAACUGAUCAAAAAGAAACUAACUGCAGCAAGUCUGUGCAAAACGGCUCUCAUGCAAACAACCACCACUCAGUGCUGACCGCAGAGACCAAAGCAGACUGCAGAGCUCUUGGGAAGCCUCGCCUCAGGUUGAGCGAGAUGUCUCUGCUUCAGCCUGCAUGGAGACAGCUUACCUCAGUCAGCUCCAGGAUUCAUAUGGUGGCUUUUUCUGACAUGUGGGACCUCUUUCUCGUGCGUCUUUUGAUGGCCAUAGCCAUCAUGCUCUACUACAGUAACUUCUCUCUGGCCAUGGAGGAGCGCUUCUCGCUGAAACCCAAGGUGACGGGCUAUCUGAUCAGCUACAGCAGCACCCUGGGGGCCCUGGCCGGGUUCCUGGUGGGGCCCGUCACAAAGCUUUACAGAAACAACAUGCCCGCUCUGCUGCUUCACUCCACUGUGCUGACCUGUUUGCUAAUUUUCCUCUACGCUACCGCUCCGAGUGUGUGGCAGGUGCUGCUCACCUCAACCUUCUUUGCCAUUUCUACCUCUAUCGGACGGACGUGUAUCACAGAUCUGGAGCUUCAGAGCGGAGGGGUCCACGCCAGUGGGACUCUGAUUGGAGCGGGCCAGUCGGUGACGGCUGUGGGUCGAGUUCUGGCCCCUCUCCUUUCUGGUCUGAUGCAGGAGAUCAGCCCCUGUGGUCCUCCUAGUCUGGGGGUUGUGCUUGCUCUGGCAGCUGUAGGUUUGCUUCUCAUCAGAAUCCCAAAAUGGGAUGGAAGAGGGCUGGCAAAAACUGUAAAACUUUGAAAACUCCCAGCAACUGAAUUAUGUUUUUUUAUAAAUCAGUGCUACUCUACCACUUGGAGAAGUGCUCUUAUUUGCAGUUGGCAGCUGUUAUGAACAGCAGGCCCUCGGUGAGAACAGUGUUUCAUGCAGAAAUGUGUUUUUUUCCUGGGUGCCUCCACCAAAUGUAUCUACUGAUGUCGUGACACGGCACAAGGACCACAGGCCUUCUCUCAGGGACAGUGGAACCAAAAAUCAUUAGUGGCUGAAAAGGUUGCAAAGCUUAUUGUGCUUCCAAAUAUGCUGAAAUUUUAUCAAAAAGAAACACGAAGUGAGGGCCAUUCUGUUAAUUUAGUUCUGUAAGCACUAUCGGGUUCGAAUUCAGUGAAGUAAUUAGAAGUCUGCUAAUGGUUCACUACAAACCUAAUAAAACACUGAUUUAUAAAGGUACAGGAGGAGGGAAAACACCACUGAGAUUAUUGUUAUUAGAGAUAUGCUGAUCAUUAUCUUUUGGCCAGUUCCCAAUCUCCGGUUUUUGGAAAGUUUUGCAAAGAUUUCAUCCAACUCUGAAAUAUUUAAGUUGAUAGCAGUCAUUAAUUAUUUAUAUGAGGAAUAGAUGUGACACCACGGUGUUUGUGAGAGAGCAGUCAUAAAAAAGGGUUUUACUUUUUUUUUAAAAACUAUGAUGAUGAUAUUGGAGUUUACAUUUCAUAUCUGUUAAGAUUUCCUUUUAUCUGCUUUAACCCAAUUUAUUUACUGUUAAAUAAAAUACAUUUUGUGUUUUUACCGACAAGCAAGUGCUAAAUGGAAUAAAAAUUGUUCAUUUAAAUAUAGCCCGUAUAAUUAAUAUUUAGGUAUGAUUCAAAUUAGCGACAUAAGACAUAAUUAAGAUUAAUAGUAACUAAACAAUCACAUAUCUAAAUUAAAAACGUUUCAUUGCUGUUCCAUCAUCACAGUAUUUGUCAAACAUUUAAUACUGCAAAAUCACAACCGAUGUGUUGUGCACAAUCUGACCACUAGAUGGCAUGAACAUACUUCCAAUCUGAUCCUACAUGUAUGUAGGUUAUGCAUCAUCAGGCUCCUCCUCUACAUUAAAACGAGGCAGUUUUAGUCCAAAUCUAGAGACUAAUGUAAAAGGGUUAGUCUUGCUCUCUCUCGCUGUCUUGCAGGUGGAAAUAACUGUAGACAUGUUGUAAAAAUACCUUCUUACAUAUCUGCACUUCCUUUAUCUUCAUUUUAAGCACCUCACUAAUACGGAAAAUUGCUAACUUUGAGUUAUUUUCACUAUGUAACAACUUCCACACUGAAGAAUGUGAUGUGGUGGAACCUAACACUAGCUACAUGGACAUUAGUAAUCGGAAUAAACGGCCGAUCGGACUUAAAACGUGUCAUGUAAACAUGUUAGUCGGAAUAUUCUGAUCGGAUUUGGCACAAUCGGAAUGAAAUUCUAAUCCGAUUGAGAGGGGUGGAUUAUGCCGACUGACAAUCUGAUCAACAUGCAUGUAAACACUUGACUGGAUCAAGUUAUUCUGAAGAAGGCAAACUGACAGGAGUGCGCAUGUCCCCCACGCGUCAACAUGACGUAUUUCUGCUUUGAGUGACUAGUCGCUAACAGAAUAUUCCGAUUAGCAAAUGACACAUUGUUAGUCCAAUCGGCCAUUUUAUUUGAAUCACUAAUGUCCAUAUAAACGGUACAAUCCAAUUAUUUUUUGUUUUUUAAUCCAAAUACGUUUUAAUCAGAUCGUAAAAUUUUAUGCAUGUAAAUAUAGGGGUUCAUGUACUGACUGAAUUUAUGAGUUACAACCAGGCCAGUCACUGGCCAGGGCCAUCAAGCUGAAAAUAGUAGAUUUUUAGAUGCAUAUCUGUUAUUAUCUUUAUUAUUAUUAUUUAAAAAAAACAGACCUAUUGUAAUGGAGGAUAUGAUGACAGGAGAUUGACAAGUAUUGAAUGCAGAGAGAGGUCAUGGUAUGAUCUAUACAUCACACUCAAGUUCUAUGCUCUUUAGUGGACACAUUUAUUUUCCUCCUUUUAGCUUUAUAAACAUGCUUUCAUGUAGCAAGA